AGACUUGCGUCAUUCACAUGCGCCUGUUUUGGACCGGCCACGCGCGAGCCUAACGUGGCUAAACUAAAUUGGCAAUAUCCACCGAUUACCUUCUAAACAUACACAUUGGAUCGAUUCAAUUAAGUCCAGUAACAUCUCGUUUUGAUAAGUAAUCUGACAGUUACAGUGCUGGUGAAGCAUGUUGUUUGCAGAGGAGGAUGAGUGGAACGAUGACCCAGAAGCCAAAGUUUUGACCAAGACGGUCAUCAGCAGUUUCAAACUGUCUGAAAGGACCAAUAUCACGCCAAAAAGUAUUGGGAAGAAAAAGAGUUUGUUACGGACCCUCCAAACACUGGGGUCAGUACCAAACUGGAACAAGAGCAAUAGUGCCCCUCAUGAAGCAGGCAGUGACAGCGAAAUAGAGGACAUACUGACACCAAACACCAAGAGGAAGAAGAAAAGAAGCAAAAGAGGACGCAAUAAAGUAGCCGUUUCAGGAGAAGAGGCAGAGGUCAUUGGAGAUCUGGGUGCCAAGGAGAAGGCUGCAGUGCCUGUUGUUAAGAAGCUAAUAAAAGCAAAGAAACCACUAAGAGCAGAGUUCAAAAUGGUAAAGAAUACAGAGUCCAUUCAGGGCGGUAGUAAACAAGAUUCAAAAUCUAUCAAGGAUGAAGAAAAAGCUGCAGCAGAUGCUGAGAUUGAAAGAUUAAGCCGAAAGCAAUGGAAAAACAAGAUGAAGAACAAGAAGAAAUGUAAAAACAAGUUCAAAAUUCAAAAUGGAGAGAAUACCACUCCCCCAGAGACCUCUGUGCAAAAGGACACAGAAGAUGGACCAAAAGCAGCAUCUGAUGUGAACAGGGAAACAGCGGUUGUCCAGACACCGCAACGCCAGACAAAGAAAAACAAACCGCAGAAAGAGGGUGAGCGUAAAACACAGAAAAGUAAAAAGGUUCCUGAAGGAAAAGAGAUGACCUUCGCUGAGACUGCUUCCACUCCAGGCACAGUAACAGACCAAAACAACAAGAACUUUUCAGAGAAAAAGAGCAGGGGGGGCAGUCAACUAAAAGCAGUGCCACUAGGUAACUCUAAAUCCCCAGGUGAAGAGGAGAAACUUCAGAUGGUUAGGGAGGAGCAGAACCCAGAGCUGCAUGGCAGUAAGAGAAGGAAACAGGAGGAGAGCAAAGAGCAGGACCGCAGGAGAGAGAAGCUCAGGAGAAUGCUCCAUGGCCAGAGCCCGGAAAAGAAAAAGCUACCUGCAGAGCAGGAGGAGACACUCACCCUAGAGGUGAAAGAGGCUUCUGCAGACCGCUCGGCUGCUCUGAGGUCCCGCAUGGAGCAGCGUUUGGAGUCAGCGCGGUUCCGUUAUAUUAACGAGGUUCUGUACACCACGUCUAGUGGGGAGGCUAAACGCAUGUUCAGACAGGAUCCCGAGGCCUUCGGCAUCUACCACAGGGGCUUCACGGCACAGGUCCAGCGCUGGCCAGCUAAUCCUGUUGACGCCAUAAUCUCCUACAUACGCCAAAAGCCUGCCUCUCUGGUGGUGGCAGAUUUUGGCUGCGGCGACUGCAAAAUUGCGCUGAGCGUGAAGAACGAAGUGCACAGUUUUGACUUGGCACUUAUCAGUGACCGUGUAACUGUCUGUGACAUGGCUAAUGUACCUCUCAAGGAUGGCACUGUGGACAUAGCUGUAUUCUGUCUCUCUCUUAUGGGGACAAACCUUGGGGAUUUCCUAGUUGAGGCUAACCGUGUGCUGGUGAUGGGGGGUAUCCUGAAAAUUGCAGAGGUGGCAAGCAGAUUUGAGAAUGUGCGGAACUUCAUGGGUGCUUUGUCCAGCCUGGGAUUCAAGUUGGUCACAAAGGACACAGAGAGUAGCCACUUUUACUCCUUUGAGUUUGAGAAGAUCGCAGAAGCUCCAGAGAGGAUAAAGAAGGCAGGAGGACUGGAGCUGAGGCCUUGUGUGUACAAGAAACGAUGAGGGCAACAUGGGAGAAACAGUUCCAAACGUACAUGCCAAAUGGCACUCUAUUCCCUUUAUACUGCACUGCUUUUGACCAGUGCCCAUAGUUCUCUGGUCAAAAGUAGUGCACUAUAUAGGGAAUAGGGUGCCGUUUGGGACAUACCCCCGGGAGAGAAGUCAGAGACGAGGCAAGCAGGAUGGACAGUAACAUAAAAGGGCUCUUCUGCUGGUUGUUACUGUAAAUAUGAAAAUAACUUUCAUAGAUGAGCUGGUAGUUUUGACCCCCAAACAAUGUUUCAAGGGUUGUUGAUAUUCUCAAACCUUUUAUGGGCUUUCAAAUGUCUGUUUCAAUGACAAAACAUGUUCAAAAGUUGUUGACAUUGGUAUAUUUUUUAUUAAAUCAAAAUAAAUGUAUUGCAUUAAGUCUUAUGCACAAUUUAGGA